AUGCAUUCUGCCAUCUUUGCUCUCGUCGCCAUCUCUGGCCUCGCCGCUUCUACCCCCAACCCCAAAACUACAGAGUGUCAGGGUCUCGGUCCCGAUCUGGCCCAGUACUACGUCUGUGGUAACAAUGGCUUCCGCGGUUACUGCUCUGUAGACCCUUGUGACAAGAAGUGGUGCCGCGACUUCGUUCCCAAGACUUGCGAUCUUGUUUUCAUCACUGAGCCUGAGCCUCCUGUUGUUGCCAACCCUGUUGACGGUCAUGAGCACGAGUGGGAGGCUGAGACCACCACAACCGAGCCUACCACUGAAGCCACUCCCUCGUCUUCUGAUGACACUGUUUGCGCUCCCGGCACUGGUUUCUUCCAAUCUUGCUCCAACGGUUUCAGAGGCUGCUGCAAGUCUGAUGCCUGUUCCAACUCUGAGGGUGUCUGCCCUGAUACCGUCAAGCGAUCUGAUCCCACCGUCUGCGCUCCCGGUACUGGUUUCUUCCAGUCUUGUUCAAACGGCUUCCGCGGAUGCUGCAAGACUGACGCUUGCUCCAACAGCGCUGGUAUCUGCCCUCCCGUCGCCAAACGCUCCGACCCUACUGUCUGCCCUCCUGGAACCGGCUUCUUCCAAUCUUGCUCUAACGGUUUCCGUGGUUGCUGCAAGGGCGAUGCCUGUGGUCAGAAGGAGCCUAUCUGCCCCACCACUGUGAACAAGCGAUCUGACCCUACUGUCUGCCCUCCCGGCACCGGUUUCUUCCAGUCCUGCAGCAAUGGUUUCCGUGGCUGCUGCAAGACUGACGCCUGCAGCCAGAAGCAGCCCAUCUGCCCUCCCGCUGUUGCCAAGCGCUCCGAUGACACCGUUUGCCCUCCCAACACUGGUUUCUUCCAGUCCUGCUCCAACGGCUUCCGCGGCUGCUGCAAGGGCGAUGCCUGCGGCAACACCUGGUGCCCCGACUACAAGACCGGUACCUACCAGCCCGCCCAGAGCCUCGAGGUCAAGACCCGCUCUUCUGGUACUUGUGCUCCCGGCACCGGCUUCUUCCAGGUUUGCGCCAACGGCUUCAAGGGAUGCUGCAAGAAGGACGCCUGCAGCUCCAAGCGCCCUGUCUGCCCCAAGUAA